CAACGUGAUUCAUUUUACCACUGUUUUUGACAUUUCACGCGGUAGCCGGCAGAUUUGAAAAGCGUACAAGAAAUCGGAGGGCAGAUAGAGUUUCAGUAACAACUUUUGAUUCAAAGCAACCACUGAAUUUAUUUCAUCUAAAAACGAUCAACCAAUGAAUUCGUCAGCCCAAGAAAAAAUGACAGGAAAGGAAAAAUUCCAUGAUUCCACAUAAAGAAUACGAAUGCAUCGCAUCUUUCUAGUGUAAUGUCACGCAGCAAGUUUGGAACCAUCAACAAAUUUAUGCCCUUCCCUUUUUUAAAAGUUUAUUUGUUCUUUCUCUCCAAGAAGCGGCUCAUUGCUAACAAUUGGAGAAAACUCAGAAAUUACUGCUCAUUUGCCCCAAAUUUUUCCACAACUUCGUCAGCAUCUAAUUAUUCGCUAUUAUGGGGUGAUAAUUCUUUGCAAAUGGCUGGUAUGGAAACGGCGAUCUCCAGACUGAAGUAUGUGCGAGCUGUGGUUUUUGUAUUGGGAGUUUUGUGUGUGUUGAGUGCUGGAUUGGCUGUAUUGAUAUGUAGUGAGUGCUCUGGGGAUUUGGUGAUUCCUGCCGCCAUUAUUGCUGUUUCUGCUGGGGUGCGUAUUGUUUGGAUGUUUGGCAGUGGCUAUGCGCAAGCAAUCACUGCAUCCACAAUUCUCAGAGAACAGACAGACAAUUUUGUUGUUGACAACGCUGUCCGACAUGAGCGCCGGAUGGCAUACAAACGAUGGCUUUGGUGGAGUAGAUUUGGAGUACUUGUAACACUGAUGCUAGUGGUUGGUGCAUCUUAUUUGGUUAUCAUUAUCAUUAAGUCAAUUCAUGGACAUGAUUCGUCUGAUUGCUACCCAGGUCAAGGUGGCCAUGGUGGUGUCUGGAAGCAGAUUCUAGUUGUUGCCCUUGCAAUUGUGGCAUGGGUUUUGGUAAUUGCACAAUGCUGUGCUGGAUCAGACGUUCUAGCAUGGAGAUCCUUUUAUGCGAGGCAUGACGGAGCAUGGAAAACUCAUUACCGUGAGAUGUUUGACCACGGGAUUCGAGAAGUAUUGUGCUGCCUUGGAAGGGCUCAAUAUUUGAGCAUUUUGGAGGCUGAUGAAGUUGACUCUGUUGCUGGACUUUUGGGAGAUCUUGUUGCAUACCGUGCAGCUGGUGCUGGCCAUCUGGAGUUUCUUGCAGGUGUUGCCCUGUUGCAGAGACAGCAAACAACUUUGCCUCCAUUAGAGCAGUUUGCUGAGGCACCUGUAGAUCAGCUUCAGGAAGCAGUAGUCCUACAUCCUUUUGCUGAAGCUGCAUAUACGGGCCCACUUCUUGAUGUUGGAAGGAAUCCAAUUUUAUUUCCAUGUGCAUGGCUAUAUCGGCAGGGGGUUUUGACACCUUGGAGCCGUAACAGGAGGCCUAUAUUAGAAGGUGAUAAUUGGUGUCGGGGUCAUGCAGCAGCUUUUCUAAAAUAUGUUAAUCUAUCCCCGGAUGCCCUGCGUAAAGGGCGUGUUCAUCAAGCAAGACGAGAAGCUGCAUACUUCGUUGUGGUUGUGCACCACUUGCAAUGUGUUGUCAUUGCUGUCCGAGGAACUGAAACUCCUGAAGAUCUUUUAACAGAUGGCCUUUGUAGGGAAUGCAUGCUUUCAGAAAAAGACUUACAUGGAUUACUCAAUAGCAAUGUUGUUGAGGGAAAUGUAAAGCAACAUGUUACUGCAUCUUUCCCUCAUUUUGGGCAUGCAGGCAUAGUCGAAGCUGCCAGGGAGCUCUGUAUGCAAUUAGAUGGAAAUAUAGAGAAUGAAGAGCAGAUAUCUCUAGUGCAUGAAGGUUCCCAAGAUGUUCUCCACCAUCCAAAAAGAGGAAUUCUUUCAUCACUGCUCGGUGAUGGUGGAGAGUGUCAAGGGUACGCGUUACGGUUCGUUGGGCAUUCCCUAGGAGGUGCAGUUGGCACUUUAGCAGGGAUAAUGAUGUAUGGGCGAUACCCAAACAUGCAUGUAUAUGCAUAUGGUGUCCUUCCCUGUGUAGAUGCAGUUAUAGCUGAUGCAUGCUCUGGUUUUGUUACAAGUAUCAUCUACAAUGAUGAGUUUUCAUCUAGGCUUUCAAUUACUUCAAUCCUUCGGUUGAGAGCGGCAGCACUUGCGGCACUUGCAGCAGACUCUUCAACAGAUUCUGCUAUAAUAUCCAAACUUACAAGGCGCCUUUUGCGUGCAAACAAAUAUCUUCAGGGUAAGAACAAUGAAGAGGUUUCUGUUCAGAUAUCUCAAUCCAGCUCUGUGAUCCAAAAGAAUAAGAAUCAGAAACGAAGGCGUAUUAAACACACGAUAAAAGGUGGGGUAUUCCUUUGUAAUCAUGCAACUUCGUGCAUCACAAACAUGACAAAACUUAGUUCUACUCGUCCUGUGAGGAAUCCUGUUAAAUGUAAAUUACAUGCAUCAGUUAAAGGGGAUUUACUGAAUGAUGAGAAGCAUAGGGAUGUAAUUAUUGAUGCUGCAGAGAUUGAAGAGUCCUUAUCUUUUGGGAGUAUAAGGCAUAAGCAUACAAGCAUUUCUGAUAUGCAGACAUCUGCAUUGCCUGCAGGUGCAGAAUCAAGGGAUAAUGCCUCCUUUGAAGAGCGUUCAGUUCUAAUUCAGGAUUCUGAUGCAGAGAAGCCUGGCAAUGAUGAGGAUGAGGGUAGACACAAAGAAACCAAUAAUAAUGAUUUUUGUGUGCACUCUUCUGAGUCAACAAUUACACAGACAGCUAUGUCUGGAAAUACAAUAUCUGAGCCUAUGGAUACAAAUUUAGAAAUUGAUGCUACAGAGAGAGAGCCAGUAGAAAUGUAUGUUCCAGGAUUGGUCAUUCAUAUUGUUCCAGAAGCCAAGGAAAAUACAUGGCCUUCAUGGAGAAAUUGGAAGUGGCAUCGUGGUGAGGAUCACUCUCACAGGGCAAUAUUGAGACAUAGAGACAGUUUCAAGGACAUUGUUGUUUCACCAUCGAUGUUUCUCGACCAUAUGCCAUGGAGAGUUCACUAUGCAAUGCAAAAGGUUCUUGAAACAUGGAACUCGAGAGAUUGUCGUAACAAUGACAUGUUGGACUCUUCUGAGUUAGUUUAGUCCAUUUCAGUGGAUAGGAAGCAAGUAUUCCAGUUUUGAAGGCUUUAAAUGCCCUGUCAAUCUCUUCAUCUGUGAGGCAGCUCUCAAUUUUGGCACCCCAAAGAACUGAGGCAGAAUUCAAACGAAGUUGAUCACCUUUGUUGUACGUCUUUAUCAAAGAUCUCAAGGUGAAUUGUAUUUUUAAACAAUAUAAUAGAUUUGUAAAUAAAAAUCAAGGGAUCAGGAAUCCAUGAUUGUAAUCUGAAGGAAGGAAAUAUUCCUGUUUUUACUCAAGAUAGUUAUGUGAAUUGUAGCCACAAUUUCCAAAGAUCUGUUCACCUCUAAUCAUCUUCUAAAGCUGCUCAAAUUGUACAGAGCGGAUGCUGCAAUUCCAUUGUACAUCUACACUACAAGGGCAUUUUACUCUUAAAAUUUUCUGAAGAGACAAUCUUAUUCAUGGAGGACUAGUAUCCCAUUCUUGUUGGUCAAGGAGAUUUCUUAUUUGUUCUCUUGAUCUUUACGCUUGUAAGGUCAUAACCUGCAUAAUAUAAGCAGGUUUACAUCUUUCACAUAAGAUAAUGUACACAUGCAUUCAUUUAAAUUUUAUAACGUUGUACUCAAGUCUGAAAGGUAGGGGCGGCUGACAGUUUCAAAUUACACUGACUGUUCAAACAAUAAUUCUUGGUUUCGACUCUAAACUAGGAAGUUUAGUGGGUAUAUGGACAAUGACAUGCUACUUUUAUCAGAAGUCUGUCUUUACUUCAUUAUACUCAGAUUAUAACAUGAAAAUGAGCUGAACAAAGGAUUGACAAAUUAAAGCAGCACUUGAAAGAAGCGAUGGUAUAUGAGUCUAAUGUGUACUAAUGUUUUCAUUAUAAAGUCAUGCAAUGUACGUACUAGAUAGAUUUAAUAUAUCAUCAGGCAUUCAUUUAGAUGGAA